AUGUAUGAUGAAUUCAUGUCCGAAUAUCUAGAACUCGGGCAUAUGGAACUUGUUCAUGAAGUCUCAUCUCAACCGACUUGCUACAUUCCCCACCAUGGCGUAUACAAGGAGUCGACAGCGAAAUUGAGAAUUGUCUUCAACGCAUCCAGGAAGUAUAAAUCAGGUACAACACUAAAUGAUUGUCAUCAUGUAGGUCCCAAACUGCAGAGUGAAUUGUCGGCGAUUAUCCUGAAAUGGCGUACUCAUCGAAUUGGAUUUAUGGCAGAUAUUGAGAAAUGCUAUAGACAAAUACUGGUGCAAAGAGACGAUGCGGAUAUGCAGAGAAUCAUAUGGAAAGAUGAAGAAGGACGACCAGCUGUCUACAGAUUGCUUACUGUCACUUAUGGUUUAAACUUCUCUCCGUAUGUCACCAUCAAAGUUCUCCAUACUCUGGCCAACGAUGAAGAGGCUAAUUUUCCUCAAGCUGCUAAGGUACUUCGUGAGUCAUUUUAUAUGGAUGACUGUCUCCACGGUGCCGACUCUGUUGAGGCAGCUCAACAAUUACAGCUGGAACUGCAGAACUUACUACAACGGGGAGGUUUCCUGCUCCGAAAAUGGAACUCAAAUUCUACCGAGUUUUUACAAGGAAUAAGCGUAUACGAUAAGUUGACUGAACAGUGUUGCGAUCUUAAUUUGGAUCGUGAAACCAAGGCGCUUGGGAUCUAUUGGUUUUGUCAAACUGAUUGCAUUGGUUACAAAGUGAACGUCACGAAACUCUCAACACCAAUCACCAAACGCCAACAGCUCUCCGAUGUGGCCAAAAUCUAUGAUCCAACUUGUCUACUGGCUCCAGUCAAAAUUACCGUUCCGUGCUUGGAACUCAAUGGUGCACUUCUUGCUUCAAAAGUUGCGUCCAAAGUUCUCGACACCUUACAGUUGCCAUCCAUCACCAUCUAUUGCUGGUCAGACUCGAAGACAACUCUGAGCUGGAUUCGAUCAAACCCAGGAAAACAUAAACAGUAUGUGGCGAACCGAAUCACCAAAAUCCAAGAGCUGACAACUAUCGACUGCUGGAGGUAUGUGCCAACUAAAAGUAAUCCAGCUGACAUAGCUUCUCGAGGCGUCUACCCUUCUCAGCUACAUAGUCUUGACUUAUGGUGGUCUGGUCCAACAUGGCUACAAAAAGAUGAAGGAGAAUGGCCUGAACAAAAAUUUGUCGUCAGUGAUGUACAGGAGGUGACAACACUUUUUGCUACUCAUAGGCCGUCGAAGUUAACAGAGGAUAAGAUGGCACUGGGUCUUCUCUACAAAUAUUCUGACAUCAACACAUUAAUUGGUGUAACAUGCUGGUGCUAUUGUUAUAUUGCCAUCAAACUAAAACAACCACAUGCUACCUCAUCCUGGUGCACAGCUUCUGAGCGACAAGCUGCCUUACAGUUUUGGAUAAGGUAUGUUCAAAGAAUACAUUUUACUAAUGAAAUUUCUUGUCUCUUACAGGGUAAACCUGUCAGCUCAAAGAGCAAGCUAAUGAAACUCAAUCCAAUGAUUGACGAUACUGGCAUCGUACGAUUGAAUGGCAGAUUAAAAAAUGCCCUAUUGACUGUGUCUGAACGGUUUCCUAUCAUUUUGCCUAAGGAAAGUAAACUUACGUCUUUGCUUAUUGAUCAAGCACAUAACGCCACUAUGCAUGGUGGCAAGCAAACGACAAUUAACUUUCUUCGAAGGCGCUAUUGGAUUAUCGACUGUCGUUCCUCAGUACAGAAGUUCAUUCGUCGAUGCUUGAUAUGCUGUCGUCAUAAGCCACAACCUACAACACAAUUUUUGGGAAUUCUUCCCACACCUCGGUGCACAGCCGCUGCUCCGUUUAAGCAUUCCGGACUAGACUAUGCCGGACCUUAUGCGAUUCGUACAACAAAAGGCCGAGGUCAUCGAAGUUACAAGGGAUGGGUCGCUCUUUUUGUCUGUCUGAGCAUUAGAGCUAUUCAUCUAGAACUCGUUAGUGACAUGACAACUGAGACAUUACUUGCAGCCUUACGACGAUUCUUUUCUCAACGAGGGUACAGCUCUAGCAUCUAUAGCGACUGUGCAACGACGUUUGUAAGUGCAAAUGCAGUUCUGAAACAAGACUUUACGGCUUAUCAAAAACAGUUGGAAGCAGGUGCACGAUCCGUGUCUUGCCAUGGUGUAUCUUGGCACUUUAUUCCACCAGGCUCCCCAAACUUUGGAGGCAUAUGGGAGGCUGGAGUCAAGAGCAUGAAACACCAUCUAAAGCGGACAAUCGGGGAAGCAACGUUAACCUUCGAGGAGUUUUACACAGUCAUCAAGCAAAUUGAAGCUGUGCUGAACUCAAGGCCGAUUUCAGCCCUUUCAGUUGAUACUGGAGAUUUUGCUGCCUUGACCCCUGGGCACUUUUUGGUGGGCGGUCCCAUCACUGCCACUCCGGAACCGGACUUAAUUGACAUCAAGACAGGUAGACUCUCACGUUGGAAACAACUCCAACAAAUGCAGCAGGAUUUCUGGAAAAGGUGGAGCUGUGAAUAUUUGCAUGAUCUACAAGUAAGAAGCAAGUGGCAAAAAUCGAAGGCCAACAUUAAAGUGGGUGAUCUGGUCCUAGUGAAAGAUGAACGGGCACCGCCGACCCAAUGGCUACUGGGCCGUGUUUUGGAAGUUCAUACUGGAGAGGAUGAUCUAGUGCGGGUUGCAACCAUCCGUACACAGUCAUCAAUAAUAAAACGAGCUAUUUCAAAGCUGGUCGUACUUCCUGUCGACAACGACUCUGCGGAUGAACACGGUGGGCGGCCAGAUGUUUCGUCGCAAUAA